UAAACUCAGGCGAGAUGGCGUCCGAACAGUCCGAGGCGAUGAAGCAGUUCCAGGAACUUCAGGCGAAGUACGUCGAGAUCACGCAGAAGCACAAGCAGCUCGUGACGACGAUCAUGCAGAAGAAGCAAGACAUCCACAGGAGCGCGCUCACGAGGCACGAGCUCGAGCCCCUGCCCGCGGGCGUCGGAUGCUACAAAGGGUUCGGCAGGUCGUUCGUGCGCGAGGACAAGUCCGCGAUCAUGACCGGCCUGGAGGAGAUCGCGAGGGCGAGCGACGAGGAGAUUAAGAAAUCAGAGGGCCAGAAGGACUACCUCCAGAAAGCGCUCGCGGAGACGGAGUCGAACCUCAAGGAGCUCCUCCAAGGGAACGAGGCGCUGUCGAGGGAGCUGUUGCAGUCGGGCGCGAUCCAGUGACGGCGGGCGACGAGGAGCGACACGCGGCGGGGAGAAGAGCGGAGGGGACUCGACGGACGGCGACGGGGCAGGGUAGCGCUAACGCGGGUGACGCCAGCGUUGUAAUAGACGAUGGACGAUGCGCCCGUGAGGGUAGUACGA